AGGGCUUAGUUUAUCGACGAUCCUGUGAGAUCUCGUAUAGGAAAAGGGAAGUUAGUAGUGCAUCAAGAUGAAAGCUCUUAUUCUUGUUGGAGGUUUUGGCACUCGCUUGAGACCAUUGACUCUCAGUCUCCCAAAGCCGCUUGUCGAUUUCGCUAAUAAACCUAUGAUUCUACAUCAGAUAGAGGCACUAAAGGCAAUUGGAGUGGAUGAAGUCGUCUUGGCCAUUAACUACGAGCCAGAGCAACUGCUAGUGAUGUCCAAAUUCUCAAACGACGUUGAGGCAACUCUCGGGAUCAAGAUCACCUGCUCACAAGAGACUGAGCCUUUAGGUACAGCUGGUCCUUUGGCUUUAGCCAGGGACAAACUGGUUGAUGGCUCUGGCCAACCAUUCUUUGUCCUUAACAGCGAUGUUAUUAGCGACUACCCGCUUGAAGAGAUGAUUGCUUUUCACAAUGCUCAUGGAGGAGAGGCCUCUAUAAUGGUGACAAAGGUAGAUGAGCCUUCGAAAUAUGGAGUUGUUGUUAUGGAAGAAGCCACAGGGAGAGUGGAAAGAUUCGUCGAAAAACCGAAACUAUUUGUUGGUAACAAGAUCAAUGCUGGGAUUUAUCUUCUAAAUCCUUCAGUUCUUGAUCGGAUUGAGCUAAGACCAACAUCAAUAGAGAAAGAGAUCUUCCCUCAAAUCGCAGAAGCGGAAAAGCUCUAUGCAAUGCUACUUCCCGGAUUCUGGAUGGACAUUGGUCAACCACGAGACUACAUUACUGGUCUAAGACUUUACUUAGACUCUCUGAGGAAGAAAUCUCCUUCAAAGUUAGCCACUGGUCCACACAUUUUGGGAAAUGUUCUUGUGGAUGAAACCGCAGAGAUUGGUGAAGGAUGUUUGAUUGGCCCUAACGUUGCUAUAGGCCCUGGCUGUGUUGUUGAGUCCGGGGUUAGACUAUCGCACUGCACGGUAAUGCGUGGGGUACACGUGAAGAGAUAUGCGUGUAUCUCGAGUAGUAUCAUUGGGUGGCACUCGACGGUCGGACAAUGGGCUCGGGUCGAGAACAUGUCCAUACUUGGGAAAAAUGUUUACGUGUGCGAUGAGAUAUAUUGUAAUGGAGGGGUUGUGUUGCAUAACAAAGAGAUCAAAUCAGACAUCUUGAAACCAGAUAUAGUGAUGUGA